AUUUGAAUUCAUAUUCGAUCUAUAGAAGAUCUCCGUGCCGAUUCUAAACUUAUUACUUACUUUCCUUCCACAGAAAGCAAUGUUGCUUCAACAAUCUUCAUGGCAGAAUAAUGUUCGAAUUAGUCAUCUUGUUGAACAAAUUCGUGGCUCCCUUUCUAAUAUUAGAGCGCUUAGCAAAAUGUUAUCUGUUCAUUUGAAGAGAAAUGAGAUAUCGCAUGAUAUCACUGAGAACAUACUCAUGCAAGGUGAUCAUGUGAAAGACACACUCCAACAACUUCAGGAUGCUGUUUACCUUACUAAGGACAAUAUUGUCCAGUAUAAUGAAGAUAUGCUGAGGAGGAUGCAUGAUCCAACAUAUAAUCAUCAAGAAUCAUUCAAGCCUUUUUUAUCUGACUAUCAUGUUAGAGAACCUGAAGAAGAUAUUGCACAAAAGAUGGAUGCUUUACUUCCUCUAGGCUCUAAAAGAAAGAACGUCGAGAUACCUAUGCCACCACUUUUGCUUGCACCUAUUCAGAAGCAUGGUAUCAGACCAUGCAUUAUGUCUGAGGUAUUAAAGGAUUUGGUUGGGGCUGCAGUACCUCUUGCUACUAAACAACAACGCUUUCUUGUACUCAGUGAAGUUAGCCACCCGUUGCAUGUUGCUGUUGAAGAAUCUGCUCUUCGCCAGGCUCUUAGUAAUCUUAUUGAAGGUGCUCUACUCCGUACCCAGAUUGGUGGAAGAGUUGAAAUAUAUGCCACUUCAGCACCGGCUGGAGGCACUUUCAUUGCCAUUGAUGAUAAUGGGCCUGAUAUGCACUACAUGACACAGAUGCGUUCACUGACACCCUUUAGGGAGAACCUAUUGUCAGAUGGUAAGGUGGAGGACAACGUGACCUGGAACUUUGUUGCAGGAGUGGCCGUUGCCCGUGAGGUCCUUGAGAACUACGGUUGUGUUGUCCGUGUCAUCUCUCCUCGUACUCCAGAUGUAAUGUUGGGUGCUAGGGGAACUCGUAUAGAACUCUGGUUGCCUUCAAACCACUAAAAUGACAACUCAAUAGUAUCUGUUGUGGAAGCAUAGUUUCUAUACAGUUCUUGUGUAUAGUGUAGUAUCAUUCUUCUUUCCCAUAAAUCUAUAUGUUGGGAAUGGAUAUGUUGGUGAUCUGCCAUUAGUCCUGCAUUCACCUUUGAAUUAACGUGGAGUUUAUUGUUGUUUAUUAUGGCCUGCUUAUGCUAAGCAAUCUUAAUGUAUUUUAUAGUUUGGGGUCGAAUAUCAAUAUGAUAAUAUGGUCGUCCAACUUGAUUAUGUAGAUAGCUAUAAUCUAGAAUUAACACAAUGUUGCUUGGUUUGAUGAAUGUGAAAAAGCAAGUUGAUUUGGGAUUA